AUGAAUCCCUUUAGUUCUAACCGCGAUGCCCCGCCGGCGUAUACACCAGGCCCAGCUCAGAAUGCCCCCGCAGUAUACCCAGCCCCGACUACCGAUAUCGAAGAAGACGAUCCCUAUGACUUCCUUCGAAGCUUCGAUACAGUCUUUCUCAUCGAUGAUUCUGGAUCCAUGGCCGGCCGCUCUUGGAAGGAGACUGGCAAGGCUCUUGAAGUGAUUGCACCGAUCUGCACCAAGCGUGAUGCAGACGGAAUCGACAUCUACUUCCUCAACCACCCCGAUUCUAGCAUUUACAAGAACGUCACAUCGGCGAGUACCGUCAUCGAGAUCUUUCAGACAGUGCGUCCCAGGGGUGCAACACCGACCGGUCAGCGCCUGAACAAGAUUCUCAAGUCCUAUCUCGAGCGAUUCAUGCUCGACAAUAGUAUCAAGCCCAUGAACAUCAUCGUCAUCACUGAUGGUGUGCCAUCCGAUGAUCUUGAAACUCCCAUCAUCAACGCCGCCAGGAAGCUCGACCAUGAGGAUGCAAAACCACACCAACUUGGCAUCCAAUUUUUCCAGGUUGGCAAGGAACCUGGUGCGAGGGAGCAUCUCAUGCAACUCGAUGAUGGCCUUAUCAAAAUAGCGCAGAGCCAGGGCUUGGGAGUUCCUCGGGACAUUGUCGACACGGUGCCUUUCACUGGUGACGGGAACGCUGAGCUCACCGGCACAGGAAUACUCAAGGCCACUAUGGGAGCUAUCAAUCGCCGAUGGGACUAUACUUCUAAGGGAAUACAUCAAAAAUAG